AUGAUGUUGGCGGCAAGCCACGUCGAGGACACGGAGGCCGGGGCGAGUGGCGAUGUCAUUCUGUACUAUCGCGGCUCCAUCGGCCUGGAGCACAGCGACGGUGUGCGAGAGCCUUCGGUGGAUGAGGACAGACCGGUGAGCAAAGCAGGCGAGGACGAGGAACGUGAUCUCGCGCUAUUUCAGCGCUGCUGUGGUAGUAUCGUGGUGGCACUGCUCGUGUCCACGGCCACCGUGUCGGCUCCGUAUCGCGGCUCCAUCGGCCUGGAGCACAGCGACGGUGUGCGAGAGCCUUCGGUGGAUGAGGACAGACCGGUGAGCAAAGCAGGCGAGGACGAGGAACGUGAUCUCGCGCUAUUUCAGCGCUGCUGUGGUAGUAUCGUGGUGGCACUGCUCGUGUCCACGGCCACCGUGUCGGCUCCGUAUCGCGGCUCCAUCGGCCUGGAGCACAGCGACGGUGUGCGAGAGCCUUCGGUGGAUGAGGACAGACCGGUGAGCAAAGCAGGCGAGGACGAGGAACGUGAUCUCGCGCUAUUUCAGCGCUGCUGUGGUAGUAUCGUGGUGGCACUGCUCGUGUCCACGGCCACCGUGUCGGCUCCGUAUCGCGGCUCCAUCGGCCUGGAGCACAGCGACGGCGUGCGAGAGCCUUCGGUGGAUGAGGACAGACCGGUGAGCAAAGCAGGCGAGGACGAGGAACGUGAUCUCGCGCUAUUUCAGCGCUGCUGUGGUAGUAUCGUGGUGGCACUGCUCGUGUCCACGGCCACCGUGUCGGCUCCGUAUCGCGGCUCCAUCGGCCUGGAGCACAGCGACGGCGUGCGAGAGCCUUCGGUGGAUGAGGACAGACCGGUGAGCAAAGCAGGCGAGGACGAGGAACGUGAUCUCGCGCUAUUUCAGCGCUGCUGUGGUAGUAUCGUGGUGGCACUGCUCGUGUCCACGGCCACCGUGUCGGCUCCGUAUCGCGGCUCCAUCGGCCUGGAGCACAGCGACGGCGUGCGAGAGCCUUCGGUGGAUGAGGACAGACCGGUGAGCAAAGCAGGCGAGGACGAGGAACGUGAUCUCGCGCUAUUUCAGCGCUGCUGUGGUAGUAUCGUGGUGGCACUGCUCGUGUCCACGGCCACCGUGUCGGCUCCGUAUCGCGGCUCCAUCGGCCUGGAGCACAGCGACGGUGUGCGAGAGCCUUCGGUGGAUGAGGACAGACCGGUGAGCAAAGCAGGCGAGGACGAGGAACGUGAUCUCGCGCUAUUUCAGCGCUGCUGUGGUAGUAUCGUGGUGGCACUGCUCGUGUCCACGGCCACCGUGUCGGCUCCGUAUCGCGGCUCCAUCGGCCUGGAGCACAGCGACGGCGUGCGAGAGCCUUCGGUGGAUGAGGACAGACCGGUGAGCAAAGCAGGCGAGGACGAGGAACGUGAUCUCGCGCUAUUUCAGCGCUGCUGUGGUAGUAUCGUGGUGGCACUGCUCGUGUCCACGGCCACCGUGUCGGCUCCGUAUCGCGGCUCCAUCGGCCUGGAGCACAGCGACGGCGUGCGAGAGCCUUCGGUGGAUGAGGACAGACCGGUGAGCAAAGCAGGCGAGGACGAGGAACGUGAUCUCGCGCUAUUUCAGCGCUGCUGUGGUAGUAUCGUGGUGGCACUGCUCGUGUCCACGGCCACCGUGUCGGCUCCGUAUCGCGGCUCCAUCGGCCUGGAGCACAGCGACGGUGUGCGAGAGCCUUCGGUGGAUGAGGACAGACCGGUGAGGAAAGCAGGCGAGGACGAGGAACGUGAUCUCGCGCUAUUUCAACGCUGCUGUGGUAGUAUCGUGGUGGCACUGCUCGUGUCCACGGCCACCGUGUCGGCUCCGUAUCGCGGCUCCAUCGGCCUGGAGCACAGCGACGGUGUGCGAGAGCCUUCGGUGGAUGAGGACAGACCGGUGAGGAAAGCAGGCGAGGACGAGGAACGUGAUCUCGCGCUAUUUCAACGCUGCUGUGGUAGUAUCGUGGUGGCACUGCUCGUGUCCACGGCCACCGUGUCGGCUCCGUAUCGCGGCUCCAUCGGCCUGGAGCACAGCGACGGUGUGCGAGAGCCUUCGGUGGAUGAGGACAGACCGGUGAGGAAAGCAGGCGAGGACGAGGAACGUGAUCUCGCGCUAUUUCAACGCUGCUGUGGUAGUAUCGUGGUGGCACUGCUCGUGUCCACGGCCACCGUGUCGGCUCCGUAUCGCGGCUCCAUCGGCCUGGAGCACAGCGACGGUGUGCGAGAGCCUUCGGUGGAUGAGGACAGACCGGUGAGGAAAGCAGGCGAGGACGAGGAACGUGAUCUCGCGCUAUUUCAACGCUGCUGUGGUAGUAUCGUGGUGGCACUGCUCGUGUCCACGGCCACCGUGUCGGCUCCGCCACGUCGAGGAGUAGCGUGGAGUGAGCCGAGCGUCGCGUUUGAUGGCAGCACGGAGGCCGGGGCGAGUGGCGAUGUCAUUCUGUACGUGCCGGCGUUGCCGUCAACCGAUCGACGCAGUAUCGCGGCUCCAUCGGCCUGGAGCACAGCGACGGCGUGCGAGAGCCUUUCGAGGUUAUACGGGGGAUUUACUAAACAGCGGACGGCGACCUCAGUGUAUUGA